UGUCCAAUGGCGACCGAGAACUAAAGCUUCGUAUAUAUUCGGUUGUUGAGUCGAGCACCGUCGUAACGUAAAGAGAGAUUAGUUUGUGCAAGUGACAGUACGUUUGUUGCUCAACCCGGAAAAAUUAUCCUUAUCUCGAAAUUCGCUUCAUUAGCAAGAAUAUGUUUUAAUCGUCCCACUGUAUGCAGUUACGUAUCCCACCCCCAUAAUCCUGACUUAGAGCAGACAUGGUAGAGCCAACAACACGCAAGUUUGCAUCCCUAGAAGACGAGCUGGGCUUCUGGAAGGAGCAGGCAGAGAGACAUCAGCAAAGGGCUGAAGAGGCUCAGGAGGAGCUGCAGGAGUUUCAGCAGAUGAGUCGAGACUAUGAAGCAGAACUGGAAACAGAGCUGAAGCAGUGUGAGGGUCGAAACAAAGAGCUGCUUUUAGGCAACAACCGACUUCGCAUGGAACUGGAAAACAUAAAGGAAAAGUUUGAGGCCCAGCAUUCUGAUGCUUUGAGGCACAUCUCAACCCUGGAGGAAGAUCUGACGGAAACCAGAGCAGUUAGAGAUCACCUGCAGAAAUACAUCAGAGAGCUCGAGCAGUCCAAUGAUGACCUGGAGAGGACCAAAAGGGCUACCAUCAUGUCUCUGGAGGACUUUGAGCAGCGGAUGAACCAAGUCAUUGAGAGGAAUGCCUUUCUCGAAAGCGAGCUGGAUGAGAAGGAGAACCUACUUGAGUCUGUUCAGAGGCUCAAGGAUGAAGCCAGAGAUCUUCGCCAGGAGCUGGCUGUACGUCAAAAGGAAAGACGUCCGUCCAGCAGCCUGGGCAAAGACACAGAUCGAGCAGAUCUGCCAUGCCCCUUGGCUGGUAACCCAUCCUUCCCUGUCACACCCUCCAAGCCUCUCAGCUCAUUUGUCACGCCCCCUGCUUCCAGCAUCCGUCGAGGUGAUGGUCUAACAGGGACCCCCCUCACUACGUCUGCUAGAAUAUCUGCACUCAAUAUUGUAGGGGAGCUGCUGAGAAAAGUUGGAAAUCUGGAGUCCAAGUUGGCGUCCUGUCGAGACUUUGUGUACGACACAUCUGUUAGCAGACCGGCACUUCCAGCUCGUCCUGGUAGUCCUUCAGGUUUAGAAGCAGGGCCUGAGGUCCAAACUACCAACGUGAGUCCCCCUCCUCAGUAUGACAGUUUAGUGAAGCGGUUAGAGUUUGGACCAGCUCCUCCGAGAGGGGUCUCCCAGGGUGCCCAGUCUCCGCAGGGAGGAGUCAAGAUCCUGCUAUGAGACAAAAGGAAGACAAGCCACCUCCCUCCUUCAGUCACCUCACCCCGAGCCCCUCCCUUGUUAAUAAACUACAGCAGUGGGACUUGAACUGUGCUGUCCUCCCUUGUUGCCACGUGCCCUGCUGAACUAUUUGAACAAGGAAGCCACUCUCCUUGCUCCAUGGCCCACAUAAUCACGGCAUGGACUUGUGCUGCUUCAGGCUAGUAUCACACCAUAUCUAUCAUAGGAAGCAGCACUAGCUUGUAUAAAAUCAAGGAAUGCAGAACCAACCGCUCUCACUUUAUCUUCUACUGUAUCUUUGACGCUGUGGAGGAUUGCAUCUGGAAAAAAAACCUUCUGUGUCA